AUGGGGACAGAGAUGGAGCAAAACCAGAACCCAGGGCAGGAGGUCGAGAGAAGAGCAGGUCCAAAGGACAGAAACAGCAGGUGGGAUGAGGGCCUCAAACCUGGGGUCUCAGGUCCAGGAAGCCCCUCCCUGGUACUGGGGGCUCCUCUGGCAAACCAGCGCCCCCCACCUGUGCAGGCCUGGGCCCGUGUGGGACUGGGAACGUGUUCCUCGCAGUCUCCCAGUCUCCCAAACCGGGGACCCCGGCCUGUGGACUCGGGCGCGGGCUCCCCGCCCCCGGCCGAACCCCCCAAACUUCGCGGCCCGCGGUGCCCCGCCCGGCCCGCGCCCUACCUCGCUGGGGCUGUCCUGCGGCGGCGGCGGCGCGGCGGCUGGGCCGCUCAGUCCCACAUUGUCCCCGGGAGAGGCGGCCGCUCACAACUGCGACGCGGCGGGCCCGCCCCAGCGGCCCCAGUGCCGCAGCCGCCCGCCCCGCCCCGCCCCGCGCGCCGCGGUGCGCCCCGAGCGGCGGCCGCUUCCGGGAGGGCUGGGGCGACCCUCCCCCGGCGCCUCCUCCAGCCUCCGGGAGUGGGGGGCAGGGGGGAGAUCCGGCCUGAAGCGCGGUUCCAGCCACGGUCCUGCCCGCGCCGCCCGCGCUGCGCCCCGCUCCCAGUCCCUUUGCUCUCGGCCAGCCGGCCCUUCCGUUCUGGGCCGCCCGCCCGGCGCCUCUGCCGAGCCCCCUGCACCCCCAUCUCGGCCUCGGCCCCGCCGCCAGCCCCCGCGCGGCCCCGCUCCGGCUCGGGUCCCUCGGAGCUCAGGUUUCCACCCUCCGCCGGGCCGGGUUCCCGGCGCUCCUCGCUUCUGCGCCAUCCAUCCCCGCGCCGGGCUCUCUCGCCCACCAAGGCCCGCACCCCUCAGCCACCCCCAGCUUCCGCGAGGCCCGGCCCUCAUCUGUCCAGGACAGGUUACCGGACCAGCUGGAGGAGGGGCCUGAGAGCUGUGUGA